GCUGUCAUUCAGUUGUCAUACGCCGCGUACUGUGGACGUGACCGGAAUUAUCUGUGUUAAUAUUAUAACGACUAAUAUUUUAUAAUUCUCAUUAAAUAUUCUAGUAAUACUAAGAAAUAAAUUGCAUCAAAAUGGUGAGCGGUCGUGCGUUGCAUUUCGUGUUCAAAGUGGCUGACAGGACGCUCACAGCGAAAUUCUACCGAGACAUCUUGGGAAUGAAGGUACUUCGUCAUGAAGAAUUCAGCGAAGGGUGUGAAGCAGCAUGCAAUGGACCAUACGCAAACAGAUGGAGCAAGACUAUGGUAGGCUACGGCCCCGAAGACACACACUUUGUUGUUGAGCUCACAUACAACUAUGGUAUCACACAUUACGAAACGGGCAAUGACUUCAUCGGUCUCACCAUACAGUCCAGCGAGAGUCUACAGAGGGCUGCGGCUAACAACUGGCCGGUGAAGCAACAGAAUGGAAUUAAGUACUUGGAAGCACCUGGUGGAUACAAAUUCUUCAUUGUGGACAAGCCAGAGCCUGUUGGAAAAGACCCAGUACAGAAAGUGUCCCUGGCCUGCUCCAACCUCGCGAGGUCCAUCGCCUACUGGAACGGCCUGCUGACGCUCAAAAUCUUCGAGAAGAAGGACAAGUCUGUGGUCGUGGGAUUCGGUGAGGACCAGGCCAAACUGGAGCUUGUCGAAAUUGCGGAACCAAUCAACCGCGCGAAGGCCUACGGCCGCAUCGCAUUCGCCUGUCCCUUCGACGAGCAGCCAAUCAUCGACAGCAAGAUCCAAGCAGCCAAUGAGAAGAUCUUGACUCCUCUCAUAUCACUCGACACACCAGGAAAGGCCACAGUACGCGUCAUCAUUCUUGCGGACCCAGACGGCCACGAGAUUUGCUUCGUGGACGACGAGAGUUUCCGCCAGCUGUCCCAGGUGGACCCGGCGAGCGACGCCGAACUCGACAAGUUCAUCAAAUCAGAUAAGUCGCGCUAAUUACUUUAUCUACACGAGUAUCUUCAAUAUAUGAUAAGCCGUUCGAGUAUUAUUACUUUGUUGCUUUUGCUAAGACUGACGCCCAUUUCAUAAGUCACAUUGGUGCUAGAUACGAUUAGAUACACGCUAUUACCACAGUAUAAUAAAGAG